AUGUUUAUGCUUCUGGUUGUCUGUGGCUUUCUGAACCAAGCUGCUUUAAGUUUAGCAGAACCCAUCUCCUUCUCGUUCUCCUCUUUUGAUCCAGGAAAUUGUGGCACUAGCAGUGAACUGAUCUGCAUGGGCUCAGUGACAGCAGGUGAAGGGUAUUUGAACAUCACUCCACAACCCCCACAUGAGAAUGAAACUUCACCAACUUCAUCAACAAACAUGGUUGGGAGAGUUUUAUAUCGUCACCCUGUGCAAGCAUGGCCGGCACUUAUAACUACCACCUUCACAGUUAGGAUCUCCCCCUUCCCCAAUUCAACUGGGUCUGGCGAUGGAAUGGCCUUUAUCAUGGCACAGGAUAGCCAACCCUCCCCAGCUGGUAGCUUUGGCUCGUUUCUUGGAAUCCUGGACAGGUCAACUGAAGGUAUUGUGAAUACUCCCGUUAGAUAUUGUAAAUUCGUUUAG